CCUGUGAUGUUUUGCUUGUCAUCGGUCAAAACAAUAACAAGGACCUUGUUAUUGUUAUCGAAAAAUAUCCCUGGAAGGAAGUUUUUUGCGGUGAGUGGAGUGUUCGAUAUAAAGCCGUCAAACCUGGAAAACUGCCAAUUUCACACCAGCCGCUUGCAGUUUUGUUUUGGCAAAAUGAACGAAGUUUCGGCUUUUAAAGUGGCCAAACAGCUGGCGCCAUCUUUAAAAGACGACAACAGGCAUAAAGGGCAGAGCGGGCGCAUAGGGGUUUUUGGCGGGAGUUUGAUUUUUACAGGUGCUCCAUACUACGCAGCAAUCAGUUCUCUAAGAGUAGGUGCAGAUUUGGUUUACGUUUUUUGCCCGAAAGAUGCCGCCACUGUCAUUAAAUCCUACAGUCCAGAAUUGAUGGUGAUGCCAGUUUUGGAUCAGGAGGAUGGGGUUAAACAGAUUGAACCCUGGAUUGACAGGCUGCAUGUCGUAUUGAUUGGCCCCGGUUUGGGUAGAGAGGAUUCGACAUUUGAGGUAAUGGAAAAAAUCAUAAAUAUAUGUCGCCAAAAAAACAAACCUUUAGUGAUAGAUGCUGACGGCCUUUUUUUGAUAGCAACGAAAAGACAAAUUUUAAAAAACUACCCUGCACCUGUCAUUCUAACACCAAACGUGAUGGAAUUCAAAAGACUUAUGGGUUUGCAAAAUAUGGAAAAUAAUGCAAGUUGCAGUAGACUUGAGCAGGCGGAAAAGUUUUUAAAGGAAAUUGGUGGUAAUGUUACUAUAUUGUGUAAGGAUAAGGAAGACGAGAUUUUAAGCCAUGGUCAAUCCUUAAAAGUUAAAGGUGGAGGGUCAGGGAGACGUUGCGGAGGUCAGGGUGACCUUCUUUCAGGCGCUGCUGCCACAUUUCUCGGCUGGUCAAUGGACAAGUCACCUGGCAACGAUGUAGAAGAUUUGAGAGGCGCUGUUGCCAGCUUCGCGGCCGCGAAACUAACGAGAACUUGCAACGAAAAAGCUUUCGCCAAACACGGAAGAAGUAUGAUUUGUUCUGACAUGAUUUUAGAGAUACACGAGGCUUUCGAUGAAACUUUCGAAUUAAGAAGCCAAACGGUUAUUUUUUAGAUACCUAUUUUUAUUUUUGUUAUGUUUUGAAUAAAAUGUAUGUAUUU